AAGCAUUGUGGGAUUGAAACGUUGCUUGCAAUGGUGACUGCUGGAGCCGUAGGAACUACGGGUAAAACUGAGAAAUUUUAACCAUAUAAAUGUCACUAGAAUUGUGCUAGUGAUGAUAAUCUAUGACACCACCGUCUAGGCUUUUUUGUUMUGGACAAGCUUAUGCCCGUGUCAUCCCUUCCAUUCUCUAUGGGCAAAGUAGAAAACUGGAAUAUUGACUUGUGUCAGUGAACGCUUGCUGAGGUCCAUACCGUUUUUCGUUUUCAAAGGGGCUGAAUAAGUAGGCAAGGGACCAGUAUCUUACGAUUGCUUUAUUAUUAUUUCAAGAUUUGAUAUUUGGGUCGAAUACAUCAUCCAAAAUGUCGACUAGUAGCCCCGAAGCGGUGAAGAAAUUACUCGAGAACAUGCAGACGGAUCUGCGGUCCCUGUCCAUGGAAUGCAAGAAGAAAUUCCCCCCAGUCAAAGAGGCUGCUGAGUCUGGGAUAGUCAAGAUCAAGACCAUCGCUGCGAGGAAUUCAGACAUCUUGGCAACUCUGAAGGAGAACAGCUCGGAGGUGGUCCAGCCGUUCCUGAUGGGCUGUGGCACCAAGGAGCCCAAGAUCACCCAGCUGUGUCUGGCUGCUAUCCAGAGACUCAUGUCCCACGAGGUGGUGUCUGAGGCUGCAGCAGGGAACAUCAUUAACAUGCUGUGGCAGUUGAUGGAGAACGGGCUGGAGGAACUGAAGCUGCUGCAGACUGUCCUAGUGCUGCUCACCACCAACACAGUGGUACAUGACCAAGUCCUGUCCAAGGCCAUCGUGCUGUGUUUCCGUCUGCACUUCACCAAGGACAACAUCACCAACAACACAGCCGCCGCCACCGUCAGACAAGUCGUCACCGUGGUAUUCGAGAGGAUGGUCGCGGAGGACGAGCGCUUCAAAGACAUGGUGGACCAGCCUCCUCCAGUCCAGGGUAACACUAACCGGAGGUCUGUCAGCACCCUGAGGCCCAGUGCUAAAGACGCCUACAUGCUGUUCCAGGUACGUCCACCAGCCCAACAACUCCGAGGGCCCUCCAGUCCUCCUGUGACAGAGUGUGAGAUCUUCCUGUCUCUGCUGGUGAAGUUCUUGGAMGGAGAGAAGCCUCAGUGGCUUAGAGCUGUGGCCGUGGAGUCAGUCCACAGGCUGUGUGUACAGCCACACCUGCUACGGUCUUUCUGCUUGUCCUAUGACAUGAAGCAGCACUCCACCAAGGUGUUCAGGGACAUCGUCAAUGCUCUGGGCUCCUUCAUCCAGUCCCUCUUUAUUGUGCUCAACACAGGAAACCCUGCUGCUACCAACGCUUCCACCGGUGGGUCAGGGUCCCAGGGGGCUGCCCAGGGGGGUCCAGGAGCAGGAGGUCAGGGUGGGAGUCUAACCACACAGGCUGCCUUUGAGUACCGCGGUACCUGGAUCCCCCUCAUGACCGUCAGUGUACAGGGCAGCGCCAAGGCUACCUAUACAGAUGAGACGGCGACAGAGAGCAUCCUGAAGGCGGAGCUGACCGUGGCGGCGCUGUGUGGUCGCCUGGGCCUUGUGACGCCCCGCGACGCCUUCAUCACAGCCAUCUGCAAGGCRUCGCUGCCCCCACACUACGCCCUGACUGUCCUCAGCAGUAAUACAGCCAACCUUAACAACAAGGCCUACUCCAUCCAGGGCCAGAGUGUUCAGAUCAUCAGUUCCUCCAGUGAGUCUCAUCAGCAGGUGGUGGCUGUGGGACAGCCUCUCUCUGUACAGCCCCAAGGCACCGUAGUGCUGACAGCUAAGAAUAUCCAGUGUAUGCGGACCUUGUUGAARCUGGCCCACUGCCAUGGGGCGGUGCUGGGAACCUCCUGGCAGCUGGUGCUGGCCACGCUGCAGCACCUGGUGUGGAUCCUAGGUCUGAAGCCUGGGGUUGGAGGUGCUCUGAAGCCUGGUCGUGCAGUAGAGGGGCCAAGCACGGUGCUGACCACGGCUGUGAUGACGGACCUGCCUGUCAUCGCCAACAUCCUGUCUAGGCUCUUUGAGAGUUCCCAGUACUUAGACGACGUGUCACUGCAUCACCUGAUCAACGCACUGUGCUCCCUCUCUCUGGAGGCUGUGGAGAUGGCCUAUGGGACUAACAAAGAGCCGUCUCUGUUUGCUGUUGCCAAGCUGCUGGAGACCGGCCUGGUCAACAUGGACCGUAUAGAGAUCCUGUGGAGGCCCCUCACUGGACAUCUGCUGGAGAAGGUAAGCUCGGAAACGUCUCCUCCCAAUCAUUUGCUUCCGCUCUCAUUCCCUGUGCCUCUCUGCCUGGUAAUCAAUGUGUUGGAGCUGAGAGUAUGCAAUGUGCAGCUUGCAACACAUUUAUGUUUGCUUCGCUGUUAUGCGUGCCUCCAGAUCGUAGUGGACGUAGCCGGCAGCUUCGGUCUCCAGAACCAGGAGCUCAACAUCAGCCUCCCCUCCAUAGGACUCCUGUGGAACAUCUCUGACUACUUCUUCCAGAGGGGCGAGGCCAUCACCCAGGAUCUAGAGAGGGAGGAGYCCGCGCUGCAGAAGCAGGCUCAGGAGAAGGGCGAGCCCCUGAACAGGCCCUUUCACCCGGCCCCUCCCUUCGACUGCCUGUGGCUGUGUCUAUACGCCAAGCUGGGCCAGCUGUGUGUGGACCCCCGGCCCGCCGUCAGGAAGAGCGCCGGUCAGACCAUGUUCUCCACCAUCGCUGCCCACGGCACCCUACUGCAGCAGUCCACCUGGCACAUCGUCGUCUGGAAGGUUCUGUUCCACCUGCUGGACUGUGUGAGGAAGUCUUCCACUACGGCCYAUAAGGAAAAGAUUGAGUCGGGGGGCGGGAACAUCCUCAUCCACCACUCACGGGACACAGCUGAGAAACAGUGGGCGGAGACCUGGGUGCUGACGCUGGCAGGGGUGGCUCGUAUCUUCAACACCAGGAGAUACCUCCUGCAGCAGCUAGGUGACUUCUUCAAGGCGUGGGAGGUUCUGUUGGACCACAUCCAGUCUGCUGCCCUCAGUAAGAACAGCGAGGUCUCCCUGGCCGCGCUCAAGUCCUUCCAGGAGAUCCUCCAGAUCGCCACACCCGUCAAGGACUCCGCCAUGCCCACCGACGCUCUGGCUGCCAUGGGUGUUUCCCCCGUCCUCAUCGACCCCCUCAGCGCCCCGGGCCCCGGCAGACCCCUGCUGCGCUCCGACUCGAUGCUGGAGAGGCUGACGAGCUACAACGGCGCCGAACUCCAGGCCCCUCCACCAGGGGAGGAAUCGGCACUGGAGGAUGCGGCGCUGUGGUGGUCGGCGUGGAACACCUGGUACCGGACAGGCACAGACAGCACGAGGCCCCCUAGUGGUGGGACGGGGACAGACAGACCCUCCUUCGUCCCCAGCCAGCCCUUCCUGACAGCGUUAGUCCAGAUCUUCCCUGCCCUCUACCAGCACAUAAAGACUGGCUUCAGCAUGGAGGACCUGAGGAAACUGGGGGUGAUCCUCCACGGGGCCGUGUCCAUACCCAUCAGUAGUGACGCCUCGCCCUUCAUCCUGCCCUCUUACACCGAGGCUGUCCUCACCAGCCUGCAGGAGGCCGUUCUCACCGCGCUCGACGUGCUGCAGAAGGCCAUCUGUGUGGGCCCAGAGAACCUGCAGGUCAUGUACCCAGCCGUCUUUGAACAGCUGCUCCUCUUCGUCGAGUUCUCCUGCAAACCCCCCCAGUACGGCAAGCUGGAAACCAAACAUGUGGCCAACGCUAAAUACAACCAGAUCCAGCUGUUUGCACCGGCAGAAUGGGUUGCCUUAAACUACGUGCCCUUUGCUGAGAGGUCCCUGGAGGUGGUGGUGGACCUCUACCACAAAACAGCCUGUCACAAAGCUGUCAUCAACGAGAAAGUCCUACAGAACAUCAUCAAGACCCUGCGGAUGCCCCUGGGCCUAAAGUAUGGGUGUCCGUCAGAGAGCACGUGGAAGCUAGCUGUGUCAUCCCUGCUGAAGGUGCUAUCCACCGGGCUGCCCGUGGCACGUCAGCACGCCUCCUCUGGGAAGUUUGACACUAUGUGGCCAGAGCUGUCCAACGCCUUCGAAGACUUCCUUUUCACCAAAAGCACACCUCCAGACAAUGUGUCCAUCCAGGAGUUCCAGAAGAAUGAAGCCAUUGACGUUGAGGUGGUGCAGUUGAUCAGCACAGAGAUCUUGCCGUUUGCCAUCUUCAUCCCCAAAGACUUUGUUGGCCAGAUUAUGGCCAUGCUUAAUAAAGGAUCCAUUCACUCACAGUCCUCCUCAUUCACAGAGGCAGAGGUAGACGUGCGGAUGCGGGAGGAGUUCUCCAAAGUGUGUUUUGAGACGCUGCUCCAGUUCUCUUUCAGUAACAAGGUGUCAACGCCCCAGGAAGGCUACAUCUCUCGCAUGGCCCUCUCCGUGCUCCUCAAGAGGUCCCAGGACGUGUUGAGGCGCUAUGUGGACGAUGAGAGGCUGAGUGGACGCUGCCCACUGCCCAGGCAACAAGUGACGGAAAUCAUCUUUGUCUUAAAAGCUAUCAGCACUUUGAUGGACUCACUUAAAAAGACCCAGCCGGAAAACGUGGAUGGGACCACGUGGGCCCAGGUCAUUGCACUGUACCCUACCCUGGUGGAGUGCAUCACCUGCUCCUCCUCUGAGGUCAGCUCAGCACUGAAGGAGGCCAUGGGGCCCUUCAAAGACUUUAUGCAGCCCCCUGUCUCCAGAGUACAAAACGGAGAGUCCUGACUGUUCCAACCCCUUUUUAUAAUGAAGGAAUUCAUAAUGAAUGUGUCCUCCUGAGACCCAAACACACACUUCUUCACACAAGUGGAUGGACGGAUAGACGGACGGUCUCUUUUACUUCAUAUGAGCCCAUCUAACAGACAGUAACCAGUGGCAACUGAGCUCCCCCGGCGACUGCUCGGUCCUCAACGAGAACUCUGACCUGCUACACACGACAUCAUCAAUGUAUGCUUCUAAUACACGCUGGUUGAUACCACCUCCCAUUCUCAUUCUGACUGGCUGGACUUGUGUAUUAACUGCUACAGUAAAACAAUUGCAGUGUUUUCUUUUGGGUUUUCGUUUGUUUUAUUUUGAUUUCUUGAAUAGAAUCGAUGUACAGUGUGUGGUUAGUGUUGAUGUAAUUAAGAAAAAACUAAAAGUACUGGGGCUAUAUGGACCUUUUAAAAAGAUUGAGAGGGGGAAAGAUGAGAUUACCUUUUGUGAAGUUUUUAACAUCUAGGAUUUUAUUACAAAUCUUACUGUAACAUUCCAUGUCAUAUUUUAGCUGACCUGAGAAGGGUACUUGUCUGUAUAAAAUAAAUGGGAGAGUUCUACAAACAAUUAAAUGA